CAGUCCCUCGCGCUUCCUUUUCCAGCAGCGCCUGCGAUCAUGGCGGACGUGGUUGCGGAGCAGGUUGCGGACCAGAAACCAGUCCCUGAUCAAGAGCUGAACGGGGAGGCGGAGGACAGAGAAGAGGCCGACCCCGUGGAGGAGACAGCAAAAAAGAAGAAGAAAAAGAAGAAGAAGAACAAGUCCGCAACUGCAGGCACUGAGGCAGAGACUGACGGAGUGGCCGAGGUGACCAAACAGCUGGAGAAACAGGCGAUAGAAGACAAAGAGAAGGAGGAGGAUGGAGAGGAAGAUGGAGAUGAUGGAGAAAACUCGUCAGGGAAAAAGAAGAAGAAGAAAAAGAAGAAGAAAGGACCCAAAUCUCAGACUGAUCCCCCGUCUGUGCCCAUCUGUGAGUUAUACCCAAAUGGUGUGUUCCCCAUCGGACAGGAGUGUGAAUACCCCACUGUACAGGACGGGCGCAGCGCAGUGUGGCGUACGACAAUCGAGGAGAGGCGGGUGAUGGAUAAAGCCAAUGAGGAGGUGUGGAAUGACUUCAGACAGGCGGCAGAAGCCCACAGACAGGUCCGCCAGCACGUCCGCGGCUUCUUGAAACCCGGCAUGACCAUGAUUGAAAUCUGCGAGCGGCUGGAGGACUGCUCUCGUAAGCUGAUAAAGGAGAACAAGCUGAAUGCCGGCCUGGCCUUCCCCACCGGCUGCUCCCUCAACCAUUGUGCUGCCCACUACACUCCCAAUGCCGGAGACACCACCGUCCUGCAGUAUGACGACGUCUGCAAGAUCGACUUCGGCACGCACAUCAACGGGCGAAUCAUUGACUGUGCCUUCACUGUCACAUUUAAUCCAAAGUACGACAAGCUGCUGGAGGCUGUGAGAGACGCCACCAAUACUGGAAUCAAAAACGCCGGCAUUGAUGUGCGUCUGUGUGAUGUUGGAGAGGCGAUUCAAGAAGUGAUGGAGUCCUACGAGGUUGAGCUUGAUGGCAAAACAUACCAAGUGAAGCCGAUCCGAAACCUGAAUGGUCAUUCAAUCGGUCAGUACAGAAUACAUGCAGGAAAGACGGUGCCCAUUGUCAAAGGAGGAGAAGCAACGAGGAUGGAGGAGGGAGAGGUCUAUGCCAUUGAAACAUUCGGCAGCACGGGUAAAGGCGUCGUCCAUGAUGACAUGGAGUGUUCUCACUACAUGAAAAACUUUGAUGUCGGCCAUGUUCCUAUCAGGCUUCCCAGAGCAAAACACCUCCUGAACGUCAUCAACGAGAACUUCGGCACGCUGGCGUUCUGCCGCCGUUGGCUGGACCGUCUUGGCGAGAGCAAGUACCUGAUGGCCCUGAAAAACCUGUGCGACCUGGGCAUCGUGGACCCCUACCCUCCCCUCUGCGACACCAAGGGCUGCUACACGGCUCAGUUCGAGCACACCAUCCUGCUCAGGCCCACCUGCAAGGAGGUAGUGAGCCGGGGAGAUGACUACUGACACCCCCACCCCACCUACGGCACCACAACACCCCCUACACCACCGCUCUGCACCUCCAGACCCUGUUAGCAACUCCUUCAGAGAAACAGCAGAAAAAGUCUCCUAAACAGGAUGUCAGCAGCUCUGAGGGAUGCCAAAUGCUACUGUAUUCUACCCACAAUGCACCACUCACAGCUUGCACAGAAGGAGGACUGGCUUUCUGAGUUUUCUGUCAUCACCCACAGCUAAAGAAAAAUGCCUCAACAUGUUUUUGUGGGAGGAGGGAUUGUAGUCUCCUUCAACAUCCUGUGGACCUAAUUUACAAACAAGUAAACAACCUGACAGUUAAAGAUUUAAUAAGCUGCCGCUAAAUCGAAUGCACCCCCAGUAUUCAUGAGAUGGAGAGCGUGGGAAACCCCUUUAUUACCUCCCUUUCAUUUUCAAAGUUUCUAUGGCUCCACUCUGAGCCUCCAGUGCUUUAGUGCUCCAGUUAAGUUAAGCACAACUGCUACUGAGUUGAAGAAGUGGUUAUGCCGUUGCAUGGCCAAAAAUCUCUGCAAAGGACAAUUCCUAAAAUUCAAAGCUCGGGGUGUCGUAGUAAUAAAAGCCGACUACAUGCAGGCACCGUGCAUCUGCAGCUGUAUGUUUGGCUUCUGUCGCUACAGGAGGGAACUCUGCACUUUGGCCCUCCAGUCAUCGUUUCUUUGAUAUUUGUAAAAUAUCUUCGAAAUGGUUGCUGCCACUGUAUGUUCCCGAUUGAGAUGCUUCAUUUUGAAUCCCUGAAAAUGUUUUUGUAAGAAAAAAAAAGAUUAAAAUGAUUUUGCUCAUUGUA